GGUUUGCGACCCGCCAGUUAAAUCAAAGAAGAAAAAUAAGCGGAAUUCCUUGGGAUUUGAACGCCAAUAAGCGGAGGGUUUUGCUGUGUGAUGUUGAUAAUCGCCUCCACACUGAGAUGUUACUGACGGAUUUUUACAGAGACUGUUUGAUGAGAUGAAUUAAAACUCCAAGCUUGUUGUGUCUGAGGGGAACGAGGCAUCUGUCCCGUCGCCUAAACAGCUCACGCUGGAGGAAGCUGAGCUUUACAAGCUGCUUACUCAAGCAGGGGAGGGGGAGAGGGGGCUCCUUGAGUUACCCAUGCUAAGCUCACUACCAUAGAAAGAUGACUUCAUUGUUGAUCAGCUGAUCAGUUUAUCAGCUGUUUGCUGGAGCCACAGCCAUAAAAGCUGCUAGUCAUGAUCGGUUUGGAUAUGUGAGAGAGAAACAUAAAGGUGAAACCAGGAGAUGUCCUUAUUGAAUCAUCAGAGUUGAACAGAUAACACAUUUUCCCAAGUCUUCCCUUGCCCCUGAUGUGUUCACUGUACUUAGAUUUACCUCCAAAAACACUUCAAGAUAUGGCCUUUGAAGAAAGUACUAAGAAAACAUUAUCUGGUCAUCGUGAAGAAUAUCAUGAAGAAAUGAAGAACCAAAAUUACCAGUGCUCAGGUUGUGGGAAGAGAUUUAGUUACCCAAGUCGUCUGAAAAGACAUCAGCGCAUUCACACAGGAGAGAAGCCGUAUCACUGCGCACAGUGCGGAACGAGUUUUACUACUUCUAGUUCUCUCCAAACACACAGGCUCAUUCACACUGGAGAUAAGCCGUAUCACUGCUCACAGUGUGGGAAGAGUUUCACUGCAUCUAGUUCUCUCCAAACACACAGGCGCAUUCACACAGGAGAGAAGCCUUAUUAUUGCGCACAGUGUGGAACCAGUUUUACAAGGGCUGAUGACCUACAAAAACACCAGCGCAUUCACACAGGAGAGAAGCCGUAUCACUGCACACAGUGUGGAAAGAGUUUUUCUACUUCUAGUUCUCUCCAAACACACCAGCGCAUUCACACUGGAGAUAAGCCGUAUCACUGCUCACAGUGUGGGAAGAGUUUUACACAGGCAUGUCACCUGCAAAGACACCAGCGCGUUCACACAGGAGAGAAGCCGUAUCAGUGCUCACAGUGUGAGAAGAGUUUUACUGCAGCUAGGUGUCUCCAAGCACACCAGCUUAUUCACACUGGAGAGAAGCCGUAUUACUGCUCACAGUGUGGGAAGAGUUUUACUGCAGCUAGUUCUCUCCAAACACACCAGCGCAUUCACACUGGAGAGAACCCAUAUCAGUGCUCACAGUGUGGGAAGAGUUUUACUGCAGCUCGUUAUCUCCAAACACACCAGCGCCUUCACACAGGAGAGAAGCCGUAUCAGUGCUCACAGUGUGGGAAGAGUUUUACUGCAGCUCGUUAUCUUCAAACACACCAGCGCAUUCACACGGGAAAGAAGCCGUAUCAGUGCUCACAGUGUGGGAAGAGUUUUACUGCUGCUAGUUCUCUCCAAACACACCAGCGUAUUCACACAGGAGAGAAGCCAUAUCACUGCACACAGUGUGGGAAGAGUUUUACACAGGCAGGUCAUCUGCAAACACACCAGCGCAUUCACACGGGAGAGAAGCCGUAUUAGUGCUCACAGUGUGGGAGGAGUUUUAGACAUGCAGGUCAAUUCAGAAGACACCAGUGCUUUUGCACGGGAGAGAAUCCAUAGCAAUCACAACAUGGGACGUGUUGUAUGCACUGCCGUCACUCCUAAAUAUACUGCCUGCCAACAUAUAAUCAGAAGAGUCAAUUUAUUGGGCUGCAUCAAGCUAAGAAAACAACUGAAGAGAUUUGAAAUUACUGGAAAAGGAUUAAGAAACCAUAAAGAAAUAUAAAUACUUGGAACGAUAGUGCUGAACUAUCAACUUUUUAGAAGAAAUAUCGGGGGGAAAAAACGUGAAUUGAGACCACAUAAACACUUUUAUAAAGUUACAUGAAAAAAAAUCAACAACCAAAAAAAAAGCUAUAUUUAAUAGUGGAAGGAAAGAAAGCAUUUCUAUACACACAUAAUGUGAUGACAACUCACAGGAUUGGGACUGAACAGCCAUAACAGCCACUGUGUGUCCAUAAGAAAACCACUUGAUAGCAAGAACCAUCAGAAAGACUUAAAUUUCCUGGGGAUCAUAAAGAUUUGACGUUGGAGCAAUGGGAAAAGGUCAUGUGGCCUGAUAAUUCCAGAGUGAUUGGUGCAUCAGGGGGGCUUCCACAUCUUAUUCACCAUUGGGUGCGGCGUAACACAAUCUGAGGACAGCGCUAUCUGCUCCUGCCGCUCGCGUGAGCUCACAGACGCCCCUGAUUGACUGUAGAGCCGCAAUUAUAGUGAGAGCACUAAGUACCUUUCAUCUCUCGCCUCGGCUGCGAGAGGUUACAGCAUCACCAAGGGAUCAAACUUAUUAUUUUUGACUUUCUGAAAUUGAGACUGUAAUACGUGGACUGCACACCCAGAUAUUACUACUUACUUGUAAAGAUUAUCCAUGUAGCAAUUAAAACCUGCAAUUUAGUUUUUCCAGCUGAAAAUGUAUUAGUUUUUAUAACGAGUAAUAAGGUUUUCAUUUAAAAUGACUUUGUUUUUGAGUAUACUAUGACAGACUCAUCAUUAUUUGAGUAUUCAAAGAGACGCAGCGUCUGACAUCAACAUCUUAGCGGGUUUCAAAAGACCAAGAUGACUGCCAUGUAACAGGAAGAGGAAUUUUCGUGCGAAACUGGACAUGACUGAUAUCAAUAUACUGAAGGCCACAGUGGGCACAACAAUGGGGAUCUACUCUAUGUUGCCAGGGGGACUUCCAGCAGUGACUGUUCUGAUGUUGGAGUAAUCCUCGAGGGUGAUUUUUGAUUCAUUGUUCCUUCAGAUGUCAUGAGUAAAAUUCUUCUACCUUUACAUUCCUGGACUGAGUGGUUUGACUGGUUCUGUCUGCAAAUUUAAGGUUACUGAUGUGCAGUUGUAAUUACUGUCAAAUUAUGUGCAUAUGUAAUUAAUAUUCCAUAUGCUGUUUUACCAUUGUAAUUCCUAUACAGUUAUCUGUAUAUUUGUUGUUGUUUCUAUUUUGUUUGGCAAUAUUCUAUAUAUUGCAAAGUAAUCUUUGCAUUGUUGCAUAGCGCCUUAACGUAAACUUGUUCAGUGCAUUUCUUGUUCAGGGAGUUGUGUAAACUAUAAUACUUUCAAAACACUAAAAUGCAGUGUUUCAGUUUGGUGACAUCAAUUGCUUACAUUUUUAUGUCAUUUUAACUUUGCCCAUUUAAUGUGCAGACACCUGCUGUUGAUGAAGGAUCUUGAUUAAAG